CCUCAAACCGAUCUUGAUCGGUUAUUCAUCACCCACAACGACGACUUUUUACCGCCAAGUCGCCCGACGAGCCAUCAUCCAGCCUGCGCGAAAACUUCCGCCCGACGAGUUUUCGCCAUUUACGAGUCCUUUUCACCUUCCGCACCGACCGAACGACCGACUUCGGGGCCCGCCGAAGACGACCUGUGCAUGACGGUUUCGACGACCCAAAGCGAUUGCCGUCGGCAUUCUGGCGCGACUUGCCACCGCGGACAGCAAUUUUGAGACUUCAGUUUUUCGGCCAGGCGCAUCGGUAGCAUCAGUUUGCAGCUCCUAGAGGGUUUGCGCGACGGACUCCUUUGAUCGUGUCGAAUUUUUUUUUUUCGAUUCUUUUUUUUUUUCGAUUCUUUUUUUUUUUCUAUCUUGGUUGCCCGCUUGGCCGAGACGUAGAUUUGACCGACCGGGAUUCAACAAUCUCUGCGAACUAGCUUAUCAAGAGUUUCUUGGCCACGGUUCGAACACAGAGGCUGGGUAUUUUCGAACAAUACUCAAAUCGCAGUCUGCGCUCGACCAUCAUGUCCUUCCAUCCUCAGACCCCGCAGAGUCCCUCGCAAACGUCCCCGAGCAUAAGCGAUCCGUCUACGAGUCUGAACUCGUCCAUGACAUCAACGACCACAAAUCUUCCGACACCUGCUCAUUCCGUCACCGGCAGCUGUCUUCCAUCCGAGAUGAACCCCGAUAUCAUAAUGGGCGAUGAUACGCCCCAAAAGCGCAAGCGAGCGCUCGAAGAUGGCGGAGACAGAGACCAUAAGAAGGCCCAUAUCGAGGACCGCAGACUCGGUAUUGAAAACCUGCACAUGGAUGUUGGCGAAAAAUACCUGCUUUGCAGAACUCAGCAUGUGUCUUCGUUCCCUCGCAUGUCAGACGACCUUUUCGAAGCGUUUGGCCUUACAGGUAUCGCCGCCGAAGUUGCCCGCGUCUUGCCGAAUGGUGAGAAAAAUGCGAUGCGCAAGACGUACAAGGGUCAUAUCAAGAAACUUGGAGUUGCCGGUCACUUCGAUGCUGUCAAGAAAAACCAUGAGGACCCGAGCAGCUUAUUAGCAAUGUACUUUGCACCGGCAGAGGAUUGGAUUAACACUGAAGUCCACGGGAAAGACAUCACUGCCGGACUAUCAAAUGAGGCACUACAAAAUCUUUCACGUGCGACUACAAUGGCGAGGGGUCCUAUUUCCAAAAAGGACUGGGACACGUCUGUGUUGGGUGAUUUGGACAAAGCUGCCAAGCAAACCUCAUCGGCCAAGGUCACCGCACCAAACACACCUCUUAACCUCCCACCAUUAAACAGACCCAAAGGUUCUCAGCCGCCCGCUGGUGAGGCAGCCCGGAUACGUAGGGUUGGGAAGAAGCGAAGCUACGGUGAUAGCAGCUUCGAAGGCUACAGUGAAGCCUUUACGGAUGAUGAUCCGGGGGCAGAUGUUGGCUAUUCUACAGGCGAGGGUGAUGGCGGGCAGAAACGAAGGAAAAAGAACCCUGGCACUCCCGCCCAGAACUAUCCUUCUGCCGUUCGCCAGCAAAACUACGGGCCCGGCAUGGUGGGUGCAUAACGUGUCCAGUACAAUGGGCUAGAUCAAACACGUCUGCCAAUGUCGGCUACAGAAUGUUUGCACCACCGUUCAAGCGAGAGCGAAAACACAGCGAGACGACGAUGCUCAGGGAUUUCGUCGUCAAACCUCGCAUUUCUCUCCGAGCAAUCGAUAAGAGAGAAUGCUCCUGAUGUGAUACUUGAGUUUACACUUCCGUACUCUCAUAACCACAUUGUGAAGUUUGGCAUGCCCAGUUUCACUGAGGAGCCACCCUAUCCAGCCCUCGUCGGAAUGAUACACAAACUCUCAUACAAAAAGUUCAGCGGCCAUCAAAACUCAAACCUGGAUUGUCUGUCCAGUGGUCUUUCUCGAUGCCCACAGCGAGAGAGACGCAGCUACUGGUUAAUACCCCGGUAUAUAUCCGUCAACUAUUCGACCAGGGUGAGCCGGUUUGGGUACGAACAAGGCUGCAAAGAUCUGACUGGUCUUUGGGUCCCGUUCCGUCUUGCGUCUAUUGACGUCGUCUUUUUGGCUUCUUUCCACUUCCUGAUUCUAUAUCCUCUUUACAGCAUGGCGUUGGGGAUUCAACGGCACAAGGAAAUUGAUGCAAUAAUGAAAAAUGCAUUUCUCUCUUUCCUCCUUCCUAACUGUUGUUUUCUUUUUCUUGCUCUUUUUUUUUCCUAGUCGGGGGGGUCUUACUCUUUGCAAAAUACCACAAAACAUAUUUCAUCGGUUUAUUCAAUAUUCAUUACACAAGAUCACGCAUCGUUACCUGUUUCCAAGGUCGAUCACUGGGUGUGGGAAGACGAGAAAGGGGCCUGGUUUUCGGCUUGUCGGAAUGUCUACAGGAGGGAGGUAGGAUUGGCUGGCAGGUACCCAAAAUCCUUGGAUUUUUUUAUUGUACUUACUUGAUCGCGGGGCUGUUAGGAUGAUCUGGGUCCCUACACAGCAGUGCGGUCUGAAAAGCUUCGGCCGCUCGUGUUGUCACGUCUGGGGGAAUAGGUGGACGACUUCUGAGUAGGAGUGCCCAUCACUUUCGGUUUGUUUGCUUGGUCGGCUCUUCGAGUGUUUAUAUGCUCUCUAUAGGCAAACAAACAAAGCGUCUUUUGUCAAGUGAGUGAGUGAGAUUUAUGGAAGAUGCAGUGCGAAAUCCACGUUGGUAUUAUCA